UUAUUACAAAAUUAUUAUUUAUUUAUUGCAUUUAUGAACCCCCCUCCCUUCAAAAGGAGCUCAGGGUAAUGUAUGAUAAGAGAUAAAACAAGAUUUAUCAACAAAUGAUAACAAAAUCAUUAAAACACAGAGCGGUUUCAGCUGUUAUUAAAACCAACAAAAUAUCAUUCUGUAAAGGGAGGGUAAACAAAGUCAAAUGUAAGUCCGGGAGAGGGAAUUCCAAAGGCAGAGUAGCACCACAAAGGAGACUGUUACAUUCCUGGGCAACAAAGCCUUGCAAAGAUCACAAGAAGAACCUUGUCCUUGCCUCCCAGUCUCAGGCACUGAAUCAACUGGUUUUGGAGGAGGCGCUCCUGCAGAUACUUGGCUCCUGUCUGCAACUGGUACUUUACUGCACUAAUCUUGGAUGCAUUUGGCACCCCAAACCUAUCUGUGGCUGGGGCAACCCAGUCAGAUGGGUGGGGUACAAAUAAUAAAAUUGUUGUUGAGCCUAUUCUUCAUGUAGUUUGGACCCGUUUGAUGAUGACACAGAAUCCCAGUAUUCUACCAACGGAGUCUUUGGAUGCUAAGAAGACAGUGCACAUGCUUUUGAAAGCUUCUAUGAGCAGGCCAGUAGAUGAUCAAUUUUUCUAUGCCUUUGUCAAUAAAAGGAAUCAAUAGAGCAUGUUUACUGCUCCAGAGAAGCUGUCCCAUGCGACUCAGAAAAAGCCUUGGUAUGAAAUUAACCUCACACAUGAAUUCUGCUUUUAAAUGAUUUAGUUAAGCAGACAGUAAUAGUCAAUGUGCUGCUUCUCAGUUCUGUUCCUGAUUUCUCCAAGCAUAAAAAGGCAAACAAAGGUCCUGAUGGAUCAAGUCAAACGUCCAUAUAGCUGAACUUUCUGUUUCCAGGUAAGUCUCCCUGGGGGAGCCAAUGCAAAAAAGGCCCUCCUCCUUUCCCUCUACAGCUGGUGUUUGUGGCUGUUUAGAGGCUGCUUAACCCUUCCCCUUCCAGCCCUGCGUCUGCUCAGACUUGAGAGCCGCCUGCUUUGUUUCGGGCGCUGGAGGGAUCCACCCCUGCUUCUCCCGCCGCCUUCAAGGCCUCGCAUCCGCUUCCCCGCUCUGGCGGAGGGAGGACCCGCCCUGCCCCGCAGUGACGCCCCACCUGCCUCUGGCCCAUCUCCCUCAGCUGCGGCCGCCUCACAGGGGGCCGCGCGCACCAUGGCGCCUGCGCAGUGCAAGCGCAGCCUGGCGUAGCAGAGCGGGGACAGGCCUCUCUGCCUGCACUCCAGGCGCUGCUAGGCUUCCCCACCUCCGCCGGCCCGGGAGCGCAUGAGAAGGCGGCCGCCGCCUGCUUCCUCUUUCCCGCGGGGAGGCUCCGCGGACGACGAGGCCGCCACCAUGUCGGAGAGGCUCAGCAAGCCGACGUGCCUCAUCGCGGCCAGCGCUGCCGCAGCAGGUGAGAGGCGGGCAGAGCGAGCUCGGGCUGGUGGGCGGGCGAGCGGGCGCCCCUCUGGACUUUUUAUCUCCUCGGCUCGCCCUGUGGCGGAGACGGAGCUGCGCGGGGCUUCUGCUCGGAGGACCCGGGGGUGGCGGGAUGGAGGCGCCUGAGGGAGGCCAACCCACGCCAGCGGCAUUCCCAUUUCUGCAGGGCGGGGCGAGGUUACCUUGUCAUUUCUCUAUUGUUAUAAUUGUUGUUAUUGUCCGUCGCGUAAGAGUUGUAGGAGCCCUGGCAAAAUAAACACUUUAAAAUAAAAUAAAAUUGCAACCCUAAACAUUAGAGGGGAGGUCGGACCUGCCUUCCUGCACAAGCAAACAUGACAAUCCUUUUUUUUGGUAUUGUAACAAUCCGGAACACCUGCCACAGUCUCAUUCUGGUACUCUUAGUCUCCAAUAUGAGCCUGAAAUCCUUACUCAUAUUGUACGAAUUGUGCUUGAAGCUGGCUUGUUGAGAUUGCCCCUCACACACCACACCAUACAUUGAAAAUGCUCUUAUGUCACCUUAAACACUCGGGGAGGAUCCUGGGAACUGCAGUUUGUUAAAAGAGUCUGGGGAUUGAAGUUCUUCUGUAAGGUCAGCCACCAUGAGAGACUGCAGUUCUCUGUGUUUGUUAAAGUGGUUUAGGGAUACUUUGAAUGUACGGUGUGGAUGCAGCCUACUUAAAAAUGCUCCCUGCCUGGAGCUCUGCUUCCCCUUUUUUUACUUUUAUGAUGUGGCUUUUUCUUAUUGCAUAUCUCUCCUGCUGUAUGAAAUAGUUUGUCACAAUUCUUCUCUCCUGGAGUUGUAAAACUGAUUAGAUGUUGAUGUUUGCUUGUCUGUUUGGGGCAGCUACCAACAUCCUAAGCUGGUUGUCUUUUUCAAUAAUAUGAAUAUUGUGUAUUAUUAAAAUGCUCCUUAUAGGAGAAAAAUGACUACCAGGAAUAGCAGAUUAAUACUGUGAAAAAUAUGCACUUGAAAACAAACGAAACAUGCAUUUUGUUUAAUUCCUAUUCUCCAGGGGUAUCUGCUGAUUCCUUCCUUCACUCUUUUACCCUGGCAAGCUCUGCUUUUAAUCUACAGGUUGCUACUCCAGGGGUAGGUAAAAAUUUUUAAUACCUAACUGUGGAUAUUGUUGCAAUAGAUUUCAGACAGUAUUAGGCUCAUUUAAAACAAACGGAACUUGCAAAAAUCCAUGAGGUUUAUUCCUCGACCAGUGAAGAUCAUUUUUUUGUCUCUGAAAGAAUUGUUGAGGGAGCUGCAUCCCAGAGCAAGCAGCUCAUACCUCAAAAUCACAUAUGUGUGGGUGGGAGGAUUGUGUGAGGGGAUUGGGCUCCAGAGAUACAUUCCACAGAGAAACUUUCAGAAUAAAGAGGCAGCCCUGCUUUGUAGACAGAGGGGUGUUGGGUGGAAGUGCAUUAGGUUCCAAAAAUACAUGGUGUUCUGCUGCCGGGUGUAUUGCCUUGUGACAUGAGGGAAGAAUGCACAAACAAUCCUUGGCUGCUGAUUCUUUUUUCUUUGUAGCAGGAAGUAAUUUUCAUCCCCUGCUCCAGAAACUGGAGCCUUACUUUCAAGAGCCAAAUGUGGCUCCCCAGGAGGCCAUUGGAACUCUCCCCAGGUCACAGUCCUUCAUAGACUUGCUUUGCGCCCUCUUUGAGUGUUCUUGCCUAACUGGAAUAUGUCCUUCAAAUCUGAAAAUGUUUCUUGCUUAUCUGGACAGAGGCAUGAGCAUCCACGGGUGUGUGUGUGUGUGUGUGUGUGUGUGAUGAGACAAAAAGUACAGGUAUUUUUAUCCUCAUUUUUUGUAAAAAAUUAGCCUACCGUACUUCCUGCUUUGAGUGUUUUACUCGCGUUCUCCCUGAUGAAUUCCUGCAGAUGCCCGUAAAUACAAGAGUGUGUGUAGAAACUAGCCUAUUGCACAAAGCUAAUAUUCUUAAUAGUUGAUCUGCCCACUUUUGCCUCUGGCCCUGCACUCCACUGACAUGCAGCCUCCAGAAGGUUGCUCAGAUGGAAAUGUGGUCUUGGCACUGAAGUUCUCCAUCCCUGUCCUGCCAUCUUACCCGAGAGCCCUAGCCUGCUCUCUCCUCUCCCUACCUGAGGGAGGAGGGUGUCUUUCCACCAUCAAAGUCUACAUCAGACUCUGACAUUGGAAAUAGGGCAGUAAAUAUAGGUCUUUCAAGCAGAAACAAUUAGUUUUAGGCCGUGUUCUUUGGGAAGGGGAGAGGCGUAGGUUUGAGCUACAGUGCUGUUCAUAUGUGUAGCUUUGUGCAUGUUUUACAAAAUCAGAACCACUUGUUUGCAUAUGAAUUGUCUAUCUUAUUUCAGUCACCAAUAAAUGGUAUGUCUUAAAAAAAUGGGUGCUCUUAUCAAAUCUUGCCCAUGUAUAAACUCUUGCAUUUAACUAGGCUUUCCUCACAUAUUUUCAUUAAUUGAGCUUUGAACAAUGAUUCUGCUAGGGAAAGUCAAUUGAUUUCACUGGUGUUAAUGAAGCAAACAUGCGUUGGAUCCAGGACUUCCGAAUGAAAUCUUACGCAAAUCCUGCCAAGCUGGAAUCAACUGAUGGUGAGGUAUCUUUUAACUUGCAACUCAGGGUCUGUUCUCUGUGCACAAACUGUUCUUAUCUACACAGUAUUGUGUUCCUUGCUGCCAACUAUGUCAAACUUAAGCACUCAUUGAUUUUAAAUGUGCUUGUUGAGCAUGUGCUGAGAAUGAUGCUAUUACUGUUUCUUUUGCAUUUUUAGCAAUGAUUUAGAUAGAAAGUUUUUUCCUGUUUGCCACAAUCUCAAGACCUCUAUUGUAUUUGUGUCAGAGAGCAUUCAGAUAUGAUAGGGAACUAUGGUUUCCUUCUAUGACAGUAAACCAUGGCAGAUCUUUGGCUCACACAUUCCUUCCUCUACUCCUUUGCAUCCAAGGGGAAACUGAAAGGUAUCACUUUCACUUUUAAACUGACAACACUUUCCUGUGAUAUCUAAGCUUGGUGAACUGUGGUUUAUUUCAGCUGUAACUUGUGAUAACAAACCAGGGUCAAGGAGUGGUUUGGGAUCCUGGCUUGUUUUCAAACCAUAGCUUGAACAAACAUUGUUCAGCUCCCUGAGGGAACUGUGGUUAGUUUAAAAUAGAGAUUUUCGCACCAUGGUUGCAAAGGAAAUGGUGAUGGGAGGGUGCCUUAAACCCAAGGCUCACCAUGGUUUUCCAUUGCAUCUGAAUUGGCAUUUUCCUGCCAGUGACCUACCAGAUCACUUUGGGGAAGAACAAGACCUGAAAUAGGAGCAUAAAUCCUCGUAAGGCAGCCCCCUCCAUAAUGUUGCCUCUCAUUUCCCCAUCUGAUUUGAUGGGCAAUUGGUUUGUCUGUAGUUUUCAGAUGCAAACAUGGCCAUGAGCAGUUUUCAGACAUUCUGUCCUGUUUCAGUGUGACCUCAAAACAGAAAACAGUGGGGCCAAAGGGAAUCUAGCCUGCUCUUAAUAGUUUCGGAGUGUGGUCAAUAGAGCCCAUUCCAAUGUUUUCUUGAACAGGCCCCUUCCAAUUACCCCAUAAUGAAGAAUCAUUCCUGCGUGCACUUAGAGAUAGUGUUGCUGUGGGAACAAAGCUGCCUAUGAAAGGGACACAGUGGGGAAGGAGAGCAGCAACUAUUCUUCUGAAGUCAGCUGCAGGGUUAUUUCCAAAGCUGUCCUCUUGCACCUUGUUGCACCCUGGAGGCUGUGGUUGGUUUGGAGUAAUGGCUCUACCCCUCAUUCCAGGUAUGGUAAUCCCCUUGAUGGGCAGAACAGGGAAAAGGUGGAACAACUCUUCACACCUUCAAAAUCACACCUGCCGUUGGAGCAGGUAAAGUAAGAGCCAGGUCACUGGGGGCAGUGAAUAUGGGAGAGGGGUCAUAAAUGUAUUUGUAGAAAGGCACUGUUCCUGUAGUGCCAACUCCAGGAAUACUGGUUUGGGGGAAUGAAGGGGAAGGCAAAGGCCAUUAAUAGGAGAGCAAGGAUUUAAUUGGCACAUUAUAGGACUUUAGUGACUAAAAGCUGGGGGAGUGCAUGGGGUUGCAUGAAAUAUUUUGGGGUGUAACCACUAGCCCAUGGAGUCAUCCCUGCCAACCUGUCAACCUUGAUAAACCUUUAGCUGGUUUUGAAAUAAACAGAUCUUGCAAGCGUCAUAAGCUUCUUUGCUUCUUCCUCCCAAGGUGCCAGAUACCAUGCUUUGUUGAUUCCAGACUGUCCUGGUGCCAUGGUGGAUCUGGCAAACAGUGGUUACUUAGCUAGAAUAUUGCAGCAUUUCAGCUCUGAAAACAGUAAGUAAACUUCCUUGGGGAUUUAUGCUUUAUUCUGUACACAUUGUGCAUCUUAGACUGGGAAGCAGAUAAACUGCUAAGACUAAUUAAGAUCUCUCUUUCUGGUAGGGGUGAACAUACAGGCGGCCUUAAGGAAAAUUAUUGAUAAUGUGGAUACAGUAGCAAACUAGUGCAAACUCAGUUCAGUAACAUAAAAACAAUUGUAGCCAGUUUAGAACCUAACAUUGUGGAUGUGCAUCGCUUAAUCUACAAAUACCCACACCGAACUUCUUUCCACAUCUUUUUUACACAGCCCCUCCCCCCAGCAAUGUUUGCUGUCAGUCAAAUCUCAGUCAUUCUGAGUGGUUUUUAUGCCUUGAAUCAGAUUUGGAGAACCUGUGGCCCUCGAGAUAUUGCUGAGAUUAUAGUUCCAACAUCUCUGUUCAUUGGUCAUGCUGGCUGGGGCUAAUAGGAGUUGGACUGUAUCACAGAAAUACCUGAAGUCAGUUAGAUGGGAAGAAUAUUUUGUAGCAUAACUGAACUUCUUGGGGGAGAAAUCAGUUGUAAUUUUUCUGAAUAGGGAUUUUUAGAUGAAGCUGUUUUUCUUUGUAGAACCCAUAUGUGCUGUUGGACAUGGAGCUGCCGCCUUAUGCUGUGCCACAAAUGAGGACAAAUCCUGGGUAUUUCAGGAAUACAGCUUAACAGGUGUAGGUGCAGUAUGUUUAAGCAAAUCACGACUUUUCAUAUAUCACUCUUCUAAAACUCAAGUUUCUGUUCUGAUGAGUCCCGUAAGAAGUAGCCUUUGUCUACAUUUGAUAUGUGGCUUUGCCCUUGGGCUUCCCAGAUUACAACCACAGAUCUGCUCCAAGCCUUUUAUAGUAGUCUGUUUUCAGUGAAGCCAAGCACAUAUUUACUGGCGUUUAAUUCAGGGUCAUUGCAAGGUGAAAUGACUGAUAAAGUUGUAUUUAUUUACUUUUUAAAAAAAAUAUAUAGCCAAAAGACUCCUCAAAGCAAUUUAGAAAAAUAAUCUCAAGAAGAUCACAGUAUAAUCAAUACAAACAUAGCCAUAUGCAUUAUGUAGUUUUAACUACUAACUGUGAGGGAAACCAUGUACUUAAAUUUUCUGUUGAUAUGCUAGCAGUGGGAUAGAAAGGUGCAUGUUUACUUAAAUAACUUUAUUUUAGGCUCAAGUAUACAAAGAGUGUUAUGAACUAAUGCAGCGAUAGGCUCACUUCAGCCUUGUUCCUUCUCCCCUCCCUUUAAAAUUAAGUCCUGUGACCCACUAAUGUAUUUUGUGUGGUUUGAUUCCUUGGUUAGGAACUACUUGGUUGGAUCAGACCAAGGUCAACCUAGUCCUGUAUUCUUUGCAAGAAUCUAGUCAAGGUGUUGGGUAGCCCACCGAAAACAGAAUCUUCUUCGUGUUUUGUGACAUUUAUUUUCUUGUAUCUUCCAGCCUUGUGUGUAUGAACUAAUAAGACUGCCUAGUUUUGCCAGUUUGCCUAUUAUCUUUGAGGACUUUGCAAAAGAUUCUGGAGCUAUCUAUAGCGGUAUGUCAUUUAAGGCUCUGUUCCCACAGGUUUUUAAUCAGUAGUUGAUUAAGUAAAUAUGAUCAAGAAAUGCUUGGGUUGUACUGUAUUAAUGCAAAAUCUAAUGCAGAUGUAAGACCUUAAAAGUGGAAGUUAGAAAGUGCUUGUCAAAAUUUCUCAUCAAAACAUUCAGCAACAUGGAAGCUAUAACAGCCCAGCAUUCCACAGUAAAUCUCCCAACCUUGGAGAUGAGCUGAACAGAACUAUUUCAUAAUUCAGGCACCCCCAAACUCGGCUGGUUUGAGACUACAAUUCCCAUCAUCCCUGACCACUGGUCCUGUUAGCUAGGGAUGAUGGGAGUUGUAGUCCCAAAACAGCUGAAUUUUGGGAUGCCUGUCAUAAUUGAACUCACAGGAACUCCUUUCAGUCUUUGCCACUGACCAUCUCAGAAAUGAAGUCAAGCUUGUUCAUGAGUGGAAUCUGAAUACCCUGCUGGAGAGCCCUCUAGUGGUUCUUAAUGUUGUUGCAGGCAGAAGUUAAGAUCCACUGUGUUCUUAUAUACCCUCAGCAUGCUCUUGCACACAAUUGUGCAAUAUUUUAAAAGAUUAAUAGGAAAAUUUCAUUCUAUUUGUUUCAAACACUAAGGAGAGGGGAAGACAAGCACAAGAGUCACUGUGGCUCACAUGCAAUAAUCAAAAUCAUAAUCUGAGCCUGGCCAAUGUUAUAGAUAUCCCUAUAAUUGCUUGGGUUUUACAAGUCACAAAGGACAAUAAAAAGGGUUUGCAAGAGAUUGAAAAAAAACAACAAAUCAACUUAUUAGGAAGAUGAAAUUAAAUCGAUAAACAGCAGUAAAGACUUGUGUAUAGUUUUUCUUAAGUGUCAGAGAAAUGGAGGUUUGUAGUAUGUAAAUUAAGACAUGAAUAUUUUCUCCCAAUACAGCCAGCAAAGCAGAUGCAGUGCAUGUUGUAUUGGACAGACACCUUGUCACUGGACAGAAUGAAAAUUCUACAGUUGCCGCUGUCCAGAACCUUGUUUUUCUUUGCAAUGGCAGGUAAGAAAAGGUGGGGGAAGUUUCAGUAAAAUUUUGUGCCACUGCAGACAUAACCCUUCAGUGCUGGAGUAUUCUAGCCAAUGUGUGUAUGUCUGAGAGGGGGGGACUAGUUUUAUAUUAAGAAUAAAAAUUAUUUAGUUACAGCUAGCCAAACUCAAUCUUUUUCUUCAAAGAAAAAAUGAAUAUAUAUUAAAGGCUUAAUGGGGUAGCAGUACGUAGCUUCAUUUUUUAAAAUAACCUGGUCAAUUAUGGAUAAGUAGAUGAAGCAGAUCUCUGAUGCUUAGCUGCUUGGUUUUUUUUCUAUCAAAUUAUUGCUGUAGUUUAGAUGUGAGCUGUUUACAGUGAUCUAACUAUUAUGUCCUACUUUCAUUCAGCAGAAAAUGACGGUGCUCUUUGUAAAUGGGAUGAAUACAGAAGAAGUCUUCGACUUUGAGAAAUGGAAAGGAGAACACUGCACAUUUGUAAGGAUGAGGACUGUAAAUCAUGUGGUAAAAACCUUAAUUGAACUGUUUUCCUGCUUUUUUGAAAAACAUUGUUCCAUCUUGUGUUAAUACAGAGUCUAAAAAACCUGGCUAAACAUGUAACAUGAAAAACCAUGGUUUGCAGCUCUGUCAACAGCUGAACACCUGAAUUAGAUAUUUUUGAAGCUAUUACUUUGUUAGUUACCCAUGUGUCCAAGUCCUCAUCCUUGUGCAGGACUAUAUGGUAUUAGCUUACAGUUGUGGCAAUUAACGAUAACAUAACAAUACAAAGUAAAGUAUUUGUUACACUUUCACAUAGGAGUUUUGAGUUUGAUUGCAGGUGCUAAAAAGACUGCUGUAUUGAGAUUAGCUGAAAGUUAAAAUAAGCUUCAGUUCAGGAAGCUACAAAAAUUAUUCUAGAUAAUGUCAACUCAACUUUUUUUUUGUAAGGCAAAGACCAUGAAGAUUCUAUAAAGUGGAAAAACAACAAUUGAAUGGAAAGGCAUUUAGUAUUGGGGCUGUGGUAUGUGUGCUGGCUGGUUUGCUUAAUGCUUUCAAAGAUAAUUUUAUUUAGUUUUUUUGUACCACCCAUGAUUGUACAAGUCCAUUUUUUAUGACCACAGAAGAAAGUUAGAGAAGCUGUUGAAGUUGGACUCUAUAAAUAUAAUUUCACGCUCUU